CAAGAAGCGUUCGUUAACUCGUUCUUUACAUCGUUUGUCAAGCCACGUGACGGCUAUCGGAUCUGUGAUGUGCUGGUUGCCAAAAGCUCGACGCAUAUCUUGAGAAGGAGUGACAUAUCGUGGUACACCGAGAACGCUGACCCGUUUCCAUCAAGUGUCAAUAUUAAGGAACUAUUCAAGUUUGGCAGGACGUUCUUAAAUUCAACAAUUAUGUCAACGAUGAGCGAAGCAAGUAGUCCGUUUCAGAUGCAAUUACCAGAAGACAGUACAACACGAGUUGAGAAUCAAAGCUCCGUUAAAUUGGAUUCGAUGUGUGGUUCAAGAGCAUCGCUGAGAAGUAUGAAAAGGUCGAAACUUCUCUACGAGCAACGAGCCGUCUGUCCGUUUUCGCAUGUCGAGAACCGGGAUGAAAAGGUCGGCUGA